CACCGCUCGGAGCUCUCGCAUCUGCUACUGAUAAGCGCAUCCGGCCUCUUCUUUUCCCCCUUUUACUCCUCUUCCUCGCCUCCACUUCCUCGAUGGAUUCCGUCGGUGUCUCCCUCUGGAUCAGAACAUCAGGACAAUACUGAAGAAGGAGAAGAAGAAGAGGCAACUAACUGGCUGGCUAGAGUGUUAAUCCAUGCAGGUCCCGGUGGGCUUCCUCGCCAAGCUCUGGAGCCUCGUUUCCUUCCUGCCAUUCUUCCUCCUCCUGCUGCUGCUUGGCUUCACAAAAGCUGUCCUGAUCGGCCCCGUCGUCGUAAUCAUUGUUUUCUUGGGAGAUUCAGCUGUCAUUGUUGGCCUGUGGCCUGCGCAUUUCAUCUGGACAUACUGCUGCGUGCUCAAAACGAAACGAAUUGGGCCGGUUUUGAAGAUUCUUGCCGUGCAAUUUCUGCCGCUGCCAUUGGUCCUGUUGCCGGUGCUUGGUAUUCUGGGGAGCCUUCUGGUGGGCAUCGGUUAUGGAGUUUUUGCUCCUGUCAUGGCGACUUUCGAGGCGGUCGGCGAAGGCGUCGCCGACAAGCUGUCACAUUGCUUUUUGGAUGGUACCGCUAGCACCAUAAGGGGAGCUUGCAUGGUGGUGCAUGAUGUUACCGAUUUCUGCUUCCAUUCCUACUUCUCUUUCAUGGACGAUCUCUCUGAGAAAAUGGGGGAUGAUGAAAAACCUCUUGACAUCAAGUUGACUUACCUGCCACGGAGCUUUCUCGUUGCCCUGGUUGCUGUUCCUGUAGAUGUACUGAUGAUUACUGGGGUGGCAUUGUGGAAAAGCCCCUGCAUGUUAUUGAAAGGGUGGCAAAGACUCUGUGAGGACCUAGUCGGGAGGGAAGGGCCUUUUCUAGAGACUGUUUGUGUUCCAUUCGCUGGUUUGGCCAUUAUAUUGUGGCCACUUGCAGUCAUUGGAGGAGUGAUUGCAUCAUUUCUUAGCAGCUUCAUUUUUGGUUUCCAUGCUGGAUUAAUUUCUUAUCAGGAGGCUUCAUUUCAAAUGGGAUUAUCGUACAUGAUCUCUGCAGUAGCAUUGUUUGAUGAAUACACAAAUGAUCUUCUUUACUUAAGAGAAGGCUCUUGUUUGCCAAGGCCCAAGUACCGAAAAGCGGAUUCUCCAAAGGUCGAGACCAACCGCGACAAAGAAGAGUACAACACUGCAGCUGAAUCUGCAGAGAAGCAACACCAUCGCUACCAUAAACCCAGGAGGGUUCUGCAGCGUUCAAAGACAAUCAUGGAAACUAUCCAACGACUAAGACCCAUUCAAAUAUGGGAUUGGCUCUUCCGUUCUUGCGAGAUAAAUGGAAGGAUACUACUCAGUGAGGGACUGAUGAGUUGUGAAGAUAUAGAGCAAUUUAUAACCAAAGGAAAGGGGAAAAAGCUGAGCAUAAAAUUACCGGCCUGGUGUAUCCUUCACUGUCUGAUACGAUCAGCAAAACACGACUCGCAUGGUUUGCUCAUAUCUGACAAUGUCGAGGUGACGAACUUCAAUUGGCCGAGAGACAGAGUGAUCGACUGGGUGCUUGGACCACUGCUUGUUCUGAAAGAGCAGAUGAAGAAACUAGAGCUUACUGAAGAUGAGGAAUUGUGCUUGCGGAAGCUCAUCAUGACGAACGAAAACGAGAAGCCAUCAGAUUGGGAUGAUUGUGGUUUCCCGUCGAGCGACAGCGUGAAGAGAGCUCAGCUCCAAGCAAUUAUUAGAAGGUUGCAAGGGAUUGUUGGAAAUAUGUCUCGGAUACCGGGCUUCAGGAGACGGUUCCUGAAUCUGACCAGGGCGCUGUACCUGGAGGCCAUCGAGGCAGGCGCCAUCGACGGAACACGGGACAUUAAGCGAAGGGUUAAGGAGGAUAUCACCUCUGAAAAAUUACAGGAUAACAAAGAUGUGGUAGAAGGGAAGGGUCCAUCAAAUGGUACAUCCGGGGGUAUUGACAUUGUUUGAUGUCAAUGGUGUGCAGACAGUUCUUUUGCCUAAACCCAGAUCACUCUGCUGCCUGCUGCGCUUUAUUUUAGUUAGGCGCAUUUGUGGAACAAUUUUUCCGAGACCAUUGUAAAAUAUUUAUAUCAAAAUAUAUUAUUCGUGCACGAUUUAAUAGUGCUGCAA